UGCGGGUGAUGAGAUGCUUAAACUUUGGGUUUGUUCAAAGCUUUUAAGUUUUGUUUCUCUUUUGCAGGCAGGCACCGUGCCAGGUUCGCGGUGACGCUGUAUCUCGAGUUCAACCCAAAAUAAAUGUAGACAGAGUGCACUGCAGAGCUCUCUCACUCUGCUCCAGCUCUAACUCUUAGCCCGAGUGCACGGGGCGGAAACAGCUCCACUCGCCGGCACAGCGGCACGGGAAGCCGGCUCCACUUUGAAAUGUGCCCCGGGAGGUUUGCACGGUCCCUCAGAGACUCCAGCGCCGCUGUGUUGCUGGUUGGAAUAUGAGCAGAGAGAGACAGAGUCCGGAGCUGCAAGCCGCCAUGCUCACACUCCGGGGCACCAGUCUGCAGUCCCUCCUGCUGGCCGGUUGGAUCUUCCUAUGCACAGGGGCUGAAUAUUCUGUAGAGGAUGCAGAAGGAGAUUUACUCUUCUUGAUGGACAGUUCUGGAAGUAUCUUGCCCUAUGAGUUCACUGAAUUGAAAGAGUUUGUUGUUGAGUUACUGAAGCCAUUCACCAUAGGACCCAGCGAUGUGCAAGUCAGUUUUGUGCACAUUAGUGAUGACCCAGUGGUGGAGUUUCCUUUUAACAAAUACAUGUCGGACACUGCUCUCCAGUGGGCUCUUCUGAACAUGAAGCAGAAACUGGGCGAUACCAAUACCGGCAAAGCAAUGAUCCAUGCCAAAGACACCAUGUUCACACAGAAAGCUGGCGCCAGACCAGAUGUUCCGAAAGUCCUGGUAUGGCUAACAGAUGGGGCAUCAUCAGACGACAUAUCUGAGCCCAUCCAGCUCCUAAAGGACCUUGGAGUUACAAUUUUCAUCGUUAGCACGGGCAGGGGCAAUUACAUUGAACUGAAGGCGGCAGCUAGUGAACCAUCAGAAAGACACCUGUAUUACGUGGAUCCGGAUGAUAUGUAUGUUAUUACUGAGGAGCUGCGUAAUGAAAUUCUAGAGAUUAUCCAGGCUAAAAAACUGCGGGCAAUGGACAUCACGGCAAGCAGCUUUCGCUUGUUGUGGCCUAAGCUGCUGAACAGUGACUCUGACUAUUAUUUGAUUGAGUACUCUCCACUUACUGAGCCUGAAAGGAAAUCCUGGAAAACCGUCACUGGAGAUGAAACGAGUGUUGUUCUGAGACAGCUGCUUCCAGAGACCACAUAUGAAGUGAAACUUACUCCCAUAAAUAACAACAACUAUAAGAAACCACUCAUGACCAAGGUAACUACACUAGAAGAUGAGAGCAGUCCACAGAUAAUCCUAAUCUCUGAGUCACAUCCGAGGAGUUUUCGGGUCAGUUGGGCCCCAACUCCGUCUGGCGUUGCUGCCUAUGAAGUUCUGUAUGGGGUCCUGCCAGGGGGUGAACCCAGGUUAGUCAACGUCGACAGUAGCCAGAAUACCACCAUCAUCAACAACUUGGAGCCCAACACCACGUACCUGGUGACUGUCUCAGCCGUGUACCAUUCUGGCAGGAAGAAAGCCUUAUCAGCCAAAGCCUGCACUCAGGACGUGAAUUUCAAAGUCGACAACCUGAAACUAACUGACAUUAGCCCCACUAGUGUCAUAGCCUCAUGGGAUCCUGCCAGAGGAAGAGUACUUAACUAUAGAGUGCGAUGCACUCGUCAUCAAAGAAGCCCCUCCGUGAGAACCAUCCCGGCACAGGUCCAAAGUGUGCUCUUAACAGACCUUACUCCUGGUGCUGACAACCGGAUUUGUGUGAAAGCAGUGUACAGAAAUGGCACAGGGCAAGGCUUGUGCAGGACAGUACACACACCGCAGCGACAAGAUUCCUUAUCUCUCGGGACAGAAUCUGCCAAAUCAUUCUGCACUCAAGAGGAUCAAUGCUGGUAAAAUGACAAAUAAAUCUUUAAGACAGUAGAAGCCAUAGAACGAAAGGAGGACUUGCCACACCAGAAAUUAGCUGGCAUUAAUAAUAAACUUUCUGCAAUUUACUUGCAGAGUUGAAUGAUGCUCAAUCAGGGGAUGGUCACUUUGCAUCAACGUUGUAUAAGCAAAUGAACUGUGUAGAUUCCCAGUAAUUCAUUGUGCUGUGAUUCCAAGUUCUCAGCACACUCAACCUUCCCCAUUUUAAGUCUGAUGAUCUUUCAGUCUCGGUGUUGGAGUUUGGUGAGAAUUUUUUGAUUGUGAGACUGCCCAGAUCAUCUUCUGCUUGUUUUCCCAUUCUUAUUGGACAGGGCUGAGAUCCAUGUCGUUGUGACACUCUUAAGAUUCCAUUUCAUUUUGAUGCAUCAAACUGCAAAAAUCUGGUUCACAGGCAAUCCUGCACUGCACCUUUGGCACGAGUACAACUGAAUUCUUUUUUUAUAUAUGAUGUUUUCAGUACUAAUGCUAAAGGUGUAAUAUAGCUCUGCUGCUGCAGGAUUUAUUCUGAGAAACAUCUCAAGAGGCAGUGUUGCAGCCAUAGCAGUUCAAAGCAUUUUUACUUAUUUUUAAUAAAAUUUUUUGAGAAGAAGUUGGCCUCCUGUACAGCUAAACAACUUUUACUGUUUGAAAAGGGAUGACUCUGCUUGCUAGGUCACUGGGCAAAAUAUGCUGUUCAGUGUAGGUACCAUGCUUUACAGAAUGUCAUGGGUUUGAAUCCUAGUCUGCAAUGAGUUAGCUCAUCAUGGGCAAGCUGCAAGGCAAAUGAAAUGUUAACCAGGAUCCCUCCUUUCGAUUACCAUCUCAGUGACUCCCAUUGGAAAGUGCUUAUGUGAAUGUGUGGUUAAGAACCAAUAACAAAUUCUGUGAAACAGACAAAAUGUAAGAUCUUAGAUUGUGCCAGAUAUGGGGCUAGAUUUUACUUUGACACUUCCUUAAGAAAGUGCAAAUUUACAUGAUUUUGUUUGUCAGAUCUGAAACACUAACAUGAGAGUUCAAUAACUACCUAAUCUCUGUACAGCUCUGUAAAUUUAGCAGUUUAUAUAUUUGGUUUCUACACACAGUCAUUAAAUGUGUGUAAGCCAUUCCUGUAUCAACUAAAAUGUGAAUUCAUUUGUACUGCAGAUAAAAUGAUUCCACAAGUAAUUACACUACA